UGUCAAGUAAACGUCAAGCAUUACAAUCAAUGAGUAUUGAAUCGACCAAAAAAUAUCGGAAGUAAAGUCUAAAAUAACUUCACAUGAGAGUUACGAAUUUGAUUUUGACGCAUUGUUUAUAAAUGAAGUUGAUAAUACUGUAGUAUUAAAACCUAAACGAGUUUAAGUGAACAAUGAUUAAGGCAAUAUUAGUCUUCAAUAAUCAUGGAAAACCACGAUUAUCUAAAUUUUAUCAGUAUUUUAAUGAAGACAUGCAACAGCAGAUAAUCAAAGAGACUUUCCAGCUUGUUUCCAAGAGAGAUGAUAAUGUUUGUAAUUUCCUUGAAGGCGGCAGUCUCAUCGGUGGAUCUGACUACAAGCUCAUCUACAGACAUUACGCGACGUUGUAUUUUGUGUUCUGCGUGGAUUCAUCAGAAAGCGAACUCGGGAUUUUAGACCUUAUUCAGGUGUUUGUGGAGACUCUAGACAAGUGCUUCGAGAAUGUCUGCGAGCUGGAUCUGAUCUUCCACGCGGACGCAGCGCACCAGGUGCUCGAUGAGCUGGUGAUGGGCGGUAUGGUGCUGCAGACCAAUAUGGCUGAUAUACUCUGUAGGCUGCACGAACAGAACAAGAUGCAGAAGGCCGAGGCCGGUAUAUCGGCUGCCCCAGCGAGGGCAGUAUCCGCGGUGAAGAGCAUGAACCUACCCCAGCAGUUGCGGGACAUGCGACUUCCCGACCUACCGCAGGCCAUUAAGGACCUGAAAUUCUGACCGAUACAGCAGGCGUACCCCGCCUCGCCCGUCGCCAUAGCAACGAACAUCAUCAACACGAUAUACUCGCAGAACGAACGCUACCAGAACAUACAGAGGCCGGAGAACAUGACGAACAAGUUCUUCGGUUCCGAAUCCCUCAGCACGAAGUUCUCCGAGACCUUCACGGAGAACUAUCAGCAGACAGACGGCAUCAACUUUCCGAAUUACGAAUCUCACAAGCUGGAAGGCUACCAGGACCUGACGGGGACGGUCGAAUGCGAUUACUCAGACAGGAAACGGAAGAAGAAAAAAAAGGGGAAGCAUUAAUAAUAGUGAAGUUAUAAUUAUAGUGUG